CGUGAGAUACGGACGUGUUUCUCCCAAGCGCAGCGCGCAUCUUUCCACUUCGAUUCUGCGAUCUCCGAUUCUCCGAUCAGCGAUUCUCCACUCGCUCUCCGCCAGUGAUCGUGAUAUCGUGCCGCGCGUCUUUCGUAGUUCGAUUGAGAAAAAAAGGCGAGAAAAAAAGGCGGUGAAAAUAUUACACAUUAUCUGGGAUUUUGGGAUUUGGCAAGAGAGGCUUCGAUUGCGUCGCCUGUGAGAUUUUGUCAUCGUCGUCGUCGCCGCGAUCAUUGUUAUUCCGCGCCUCCGCCUACGCCUUAAUUAUUGCGAUUCCCCAACCCGUCGUAGUCGUAGUCGUCGUCGUCGGCAAUGCCCAAUUCUAACUUAUUAAUUGCGUGACAAAUUCCGAAAGAAAUCUAUAAAAAAGCAGCAGAAAAAGCCGAAAUCCCAGCAGCAAUAAUCAUAAAUAAAUAAAGCCACGAAAUGCAGAUCCGAAAGCAGAAACGAAGCCAUAGCUUCGUCGCAAUGCUUUUGCUCAUCAGCUUUGCCGCCGACUUCGCCGCUGGAAGGCCUGAUGUGCGUCAGUCGCCCUUCGCCCUCGAGCUGCAGCCGCCGCUGCUGCAGCCGGCGGAGGAGUCCUUCAACCCAUCGACAUCAUCCGGGGGCCAGAAGACCCUCGAUAGCUAUGGCAACCCCAUCGACGCCCUGCGUCCCAUCGAUACGCCCGACGGGCGCAAAGUGGUGAGCGCCCAGGGCGUGCAGUUCGAGAUUCCCACCUACGCCUCGGGGAUCACAGAGAUCCGGCGGCCGGCCGAUGAUCUGCUGCCGCCGCACAUUGGUGAGUUGUUGACAAGAGCGGCUGGCGCCACAACGCAAACGGAAACGGAAACGGAAACGGAUUCAGGACCGGAAAACCAGACAGAAAUAGCAAACGCAACCGAAACCAAAACCAAAACAGACACAAAAGCACACACAAACCGUAGCGAAAGUAGCCGUAGUCCAAGUAGUCCAAGUAGUCCCUUUAGCCACCGCACCCGCACCGCACCAGCCGCACCCAUUGGCACCACUAACAAGCUGGCCAAGCGCGAUUCCGCCUCGCCGGACGCCGGCCAGUUUCCCAUUGCACCACCCACUAACCGCCACGCCCCUCCCGCCUUUUCCCUGAUCCGGCUGAAUCCUUCCUUUGUAGGAGGCCCAGACUCGCCCAUCACCCAAAUUGGCCAGACCCCGUCCCCGUCGCAGUCCCCCUCCCGGUCCAGUCCCUGCUCGACUCCCUCUUCCUCCUCGUCCUCCCUCGUAGCCCCGGCAAAUUGCUCGAAAUUCAACUCAACUCCGAAUCCGCAUCCUCUCCAACCAGAUGUCAUCGCUGUGGGCCUGGAACCCAGCAGCAGCAGCAGCUCUGAACCGAAACCGAACUCAUUCCUUGGCACAGCAUCAGCAUCCCCAGCACCAGCACCAAUUCCAGCCACAUCACUAACACCGCCCCACCAUGAUCCAUCACCACCCGACGCGACGACGACGACGACGGCAGCCGUCGUGGAAGUGGAGCAGGCGCACCUAGUGCCGCUUCCACAGCAGCAGGAGGAUCCCGAGUUGCCCGAUUACCUGAGAGAGCUGCAACGCCAGGAUCCAAACAUUGGCGGUCCUGUGGCCUGGCAACCGACCGAAGAUGGAGCCCCGCUGAGUGUUAUAGCCUGGGAUCUGUUGCCGCCGCACCAAGAUCAGGAUAAGAAGGAUCCGAAGCAGGAACAGGAGCCGGUCAUCAUCACGCAGGAGCACCCUCAGCCGGCCAAGAGGGUCCAAGGCAUUGUGGAUCCUGUCAGCCACAACAUACGAGUUAGCCUGACCAGCGGCAGUGUAAGCUCGGCGGAUCCAAGGCCACAGGAUCAGGAACAGCAUCAGACUCAGACCCACAGCCACACCCAAUCCCAGGCAGAUGGACCGGCUGCUCAUGGCACCAAUGCCCAUGUGGGCAGCACCACAACGCCCAGCAAUGCCAGCGGUCGCUUCCCUAACCGGCAACGAGGCACGGCCCACUACAGCACCACCAGGAGCAGCAGUACCACUCUGAGGCCACGCACUACGACGACGACAACCCAAGCCCCCACUACUACUACCAGGACAACUCCCAGGACCACUACAGCCAGGACAACCACCACAACCCAAGCCCCAACAACGAGUACAGCGAGGACCACGAAGAUUCCUACUACAACCGAGGAUCCGGCCAACUUUUACCGCCUGGACAAUGCCGAUGAGUAUGCUUACACGCUGCCCACGUGGCUGCAGGAGGUUACCGAUCCGGAUCUGGACGUGGCCGUCACCUUUGUGGUGCCCACCGACAACGAUCAGUACAAUCAUACGCUGGCCAGCGACCUGGAGCCGCCGUACGAGCCCUUCGUCGAUCUGGGCAACAUUCAGCUGACGCCGCCGCCCACGGGAAGUGGAGGCACUGCAUCUCUUCCGACAAGCACAAGCACCACUCCCAGAAGCACAACCACAAACACACCGCGGACUACGACAACUCCCAGGACAACAACAACAAGCACAACAACAACAACGACGACGACUACAACAACAACGCGACGUCCGAGCACCAAGCGAACCACCUCUGCACCCAUUCCCACCAAGCACACCACCCCAGCACAGCGCCCAGAAACCCCAACGGCCAAACAGAUUCAAAAUCAAAACCAAAUCCAAUCAGCAGAUGCAACGCCGACAGCAGAGGGCAGGAGCAGCACCACGCCCAGUGCCCUGGACGUCGUCAACCCCUUCGACUCGGCCACGAUUCCCCCAUGGCUGCGGGACUUUGACUAUCCCGAUGUCGGUCCCGGCGUGCCCUUCGAUCCGAACAACUUUGGACCGGCAGCCGCCAGCAGCUCCCCCACAAACCCGCCACGUCCCUUUACCGACCUCCCGACCGCCUCCUCUGCUUUUCCAUCCAAAGUCACGCUUCCGCUUCCAGGCAGCGGCACCACUAGCUUCCCUAGUGCCGGCAGCAGCAGCAGUAGCAGCGAGGAGCCGCCUUUAGUGCUCAUUCCGCCUGCUGAUCACCCGGACUCUGGCUUGGACACUGGCUCUGGCUCCGGCUCCGGCUCCGGUUCCGUUCCCCUGACCCAUCCCAGUACCAACUCUAUCACGCCUCUUGCAGCCCGCUUUGAUCCCCAGGAGCCCAGCAAUAGCAUUAGCAACCCCGCGUCCCCCCUACCGCCCCUCAAGGUGGAGUACACGAAGAGCGACGAGGGCAAGGUCAUCAGCACGCCGGUGGCCUCCAUUCAGCGGAAGGCAGAGACUCCAGCCCCUUCGACCAGCAGCAGCGGCCCCACCAACACUGGCAAGUACACUGGCGGAUUUGGCGCCCCGGCAGGCCUUCUACGUCCACAAACCACAGGAGCUACCAAUCCUGGCUCCAACUCCGACAUCUAUGUGGCCGGUAAAGAGAACGAGUUCAUCAGCAAAGGCAACAAGGCGCGGCCAACGGUGAAUCCGGGACGCUACAACGGCGGCUUUGGAGCACCCACUGGCAUUCUGUCGCCCCAGUCAGAGCCGCGUCCCUUCCAGGCACCUGCACACCAACCACAGGCGCAGGCAUCGUCAUCGUCGGGAGUCGCCGCAGGCUUCGGUGGCCAGCGGCGAACGGAGGGCAGCCGCUUUGGUGGCCCACCCGGCAUCCUUGUGCCCUUCGAUAAUGCCCAGCGAUCAGGGGGUCAGUAAAGGUCGCUAAAGGAGGAGAAAGAGCGUCGCGAAUAUUUUAAAUUAUUUAUAGCCCAUGUACAUGUACCUAUGCUAGAGAUCGGCAAGUCUGUGUAGGCGACCUUGCUUGCGAAAUAAAAUGUCUCAGAACUA